AUGGUGGAGUUGGAGCGAGCCCAAAAUCCAUGGAUGAGCACGGAGCAAACCCAGCGAGUUGGGAUUGACGGUAGAGAUUUGUCGAGUCCGGAAUCGACGACUACGGAUAGAGAUGGGGUGGAAUUCUCUGCCGCACAGCCUCCUAGUUCAAGCUACAAUAACACGUCCGACUGGCAAUUGGGCGUUGCCGAGCGAGCUUUAUCGGCAGCCGGUGCCGCUUUUUUAUCCGCAAUUAUCGUCAAUCCUCUCGACGUUGUCAAGACAAGGUUGCAAGCUCAGGCAGCUGGAGUUCCUUACUCUCAUCCACUAAGUAAUGUCACAAGUCGGAUGGCAUAUUUUGGGCCAAGCAUGUUGUUUGCAGAUCUAAGGUGUUCACCAUCAUGCACACAUGCUGGAAUUCAGGGUACUGUAUCAAUAUGUCCUCCUGAUUGUUUUAAAUACAAAGGCACAUUGGAUGUCUUCUACAAAAUCAUUCGACAGGAAGGAUUUUCAAGGCUAUGGAGAGGCACAAAUGCAGGAUUAGCCUUGGCUGUUCCAACAGUGGGGAUUUACCUACCAUGCUAUGACAUAUUUCGCAACUGGUUAGAGGAAUUCACUGCCACUAAUGCUCCAAGUACGACUGCUUAUGUCCCUUUAGUUGCUGGCUCCUUGGCACGCUCGUUAGCUUGUGCAACUUGCUAUCCUAUUGAACUUGCUAGAACUCGCAUGCAGGCAUUCAAAGUCAUACAAAAUGGUAGGAAGCCUCCUGGUGUUUUGAAGACUUUAUUUGGUGUCCUGUCUCAUGUCAAGACCACUAGUAACGUUCAGAAUUUGCAAGGCUAUCGUGUCCUGUGGACGGGUAUGGGAGCACAACUUGCUCGUGAUGUUCCCUUCUCAGCAAUCUGUUGGUCAACCCUUGAGCCCCUCAGGAGAAAACUUCUUGGUCUAGUCGGUGAUGAAGCCAAUGCAGUCAGUGUCCUUGGAGCAAAUUUUUCUGCUGCUUUUGUUGCAGGAAGCCUUGCUGCUGCAGCCACGUGUCCAUUGGAUGUUGCAAAAACCCGAAGGCAGAUAGAGAACGAUCCAGUCAGGGCACUGAAAAUGACAACAAGGCAAACACUAAUGGAGAUUUGGAGGGGUGGAGGGCUAAAGGGACUGUUCAUGGGAGUUGGUCCUCGUGUUGGCCGUGCAGGCCCUUCUGUUGGGAUUGUGGUUUCCUUCUAUGAAGUCGUUAAGUAUGUUCUUCAUCAGCGGUAUUCAACUUCAUGA